CUCCGCCCUGAUUAUUCCUAGACGGAAGAUGCUACACCCAGAUCAGGGUUAGGAACCGAGUCUGAGGAGAAGCGCAGGUAUGGUUCCUGAGCUCGCAGAGGAAACAGGUUUAAAGUCUAACUGUUGUUUCAGGGGUUUAACACGCUGGCAACAAAAAUUUUAGGGCAGCAAUAUCAGAGGGAAAGCCAUGAAUAAUGAGGACCAUCUCCCUGAACAAAACAGAGGAAGAUAUGUAGGAUACAUGGCUAUAACCGCUGAUCACAUCCGGGAUAAACUUAUUAAGGAGCUCGCGGCAGUGCAUGUGGAUGUGGAGGAUACAUCACCCAACAGAUGUGCUGCCAGCUUAAAAGUCCUGGUGGUGUCUCCGCAGUUUGAGGGCAAACCACUGUUACAGAGACACAGGAUGGUGAAUACGUGCCUCGCUGAGGAGCUGAAAGAGAUCCACGCUUUUGAACAGAAGACCCUCACACCAGAACAGUGGGAGAAACAGAAAUCACAAUGACACACAAACGCACACACAUUAUAUCACACACGUGUCAGUUUAUAACUUCCACUUUAAAACAGGCCUUAUACUUAUCUGAUAUGUAGAAAGACAACAAGUGCUCUACUUAAUUUCCUGUAAAUCAGCAAUAUUGACAUAAAUGCGAUGGAAUGUUCUGCUGGCAAUAAAACACUUUGAUGCUG